AUGCAACUUGAUGUAUUUUGUUUGGUGUGGAUGCAAGGUUUCUUUAUUCUGCUUUUGCUCUGCCUCUCUGUCGACUCCGGUGCUGCAUCGCAGGCAACCCCGUCGUUCUUCUUCGGCACUCUGUCCCCCGUGGUGGUGUCGGAGGUGCAGAGGAUCUUCGUGGUGCGGGACGGGAGCACGGUGCAGAGCUCCGUCGACCCGGUGGUGCUCUCCGCGGUGUACGGGGAGCUGCUGUCGAUUUCCGGGAACUUCUCCUCGUUGGGCAGUUUGGAGGACAUCCGCAACGCGAGUCUCUUCCAUGACGGGGAGUUGGUGAGGCUGGUACUCCUGGCAGUCAUGGGGAACUUCCACUCGCAGACGCUGCACGACGCCGACUUCUACAACGACGUGCAGGUGGUGUACGACCCGGUGAGCAGGAGGUUCGUGACGCGGCAGAACAUGCGGGAGGUGGAGCUCGUCGUGUUCCAGGUCCUGCUGGUGAUAUCGGUGUCUGGGGUGCUGAUGGUAUUCCUUCUGGGCAAUCAUUCUCCCAGCCAUUCUCCCAAGACCGACGUGAAGGCGGAAGACAAGAAGACCACGAACGCGUCGUUACACAUAGGUCAGAACCUCCACGCCAACCGCCUGGCGAUGCCCGCCUGGACCCUAGGCGGGGGACGGGCCCUGGGGAGGCCUGCACACCCUCUGGUGGUGUGCGUUCUCCUUGCAGUUGCGGUGCCAGUGCGGGCAGUGGAUGAUAUGGUUCAGACACUGGCGCAUUUCACGCUUGCUGUAGACGAUGUUCUCGCGCAGGACCGUCGAUAUGCCCUUGACCAGGACGUGGCAGCUUCUGGAUGGAGCACACAGAAGGCACAUGCAAAGGAAGAUCACAAAAGACCGCAUCCCCCCAUGGGUUGGGCGCCAAGGAACCCUUCACGGGCCCGCUUUCCCGCGCUUUUUUUUUUGGUCGGGUUUGGUUUGGGGCAGAUCCUCCGCUGGGUGGGGCUGCAUCGCAUCGUCCUGGCGCCACGCGGUGAGCUGAGCGUGGUGGAGGUGCUGGUUUCCGAGCCGGUCCACUUCUCCCUCUUCAACCCGACCGGUGCCCUUGUGACGGUGGAGGAUGCGAGGUUGUCCGCGAGGUCAUGUUUUCGGAAGCGCCUGAAGACCAGCCACAGUGAGCGGAAGGUGGAUGCGCAGGGCAAGAACGCGCAAUACGUCCUCGUCUUCAACAUGGGGGGGACGAUGAGGAUCUACAGGAGGGUGUGGGCCAGGGGUGACGCGACGGCCUUCCGCGUGGAGGUGGGCGGCCUGCAGUUGCAGGCGACGGUGCAGGGCUCCGAGGGUAAGGAUGGCUACACGGUGGGCCUGGACAUCGAUAUGACCGGUGGGUUCAGCAACGGGGAUGUUCCGCAGGCCCUGGUCGCCUGGGGCCCUUUCUACGAUCUCAUGACGAGCCAGUACUUCCACCAGGAGGAGUCAUCCUUCCGCGUCCACAACAUGAGUGGGAAGAUGGACCUUCGGGGUGUUUCCUGCAGCACGAACAUCAAGACGAAGGACGUCUUCAAGCCGGAGUACAGGGCGUGCCUGGAUGUGUACGUCAACUGCUUCGGGCGCAUGUCCAACCUCUACCACCUGAGCGGCAACCUGCAGCAUCAGGAUGGGAUGCCCAGCGUGCUCUUCAGGGGGUUCAGGAGCACCCGGGAUGUCGUUGCGACGCUGCAGUCUUCGCUGGUGGAGGAGCUGUGCUCGGAGCCCGUCAUCACCGUCAACAUGAUCGGGGCCAACUGCCACGUCGGCCGGUAUGUGGACACUUCGGAGAUGGGCAUGCUGCAGCGCCUGUUCAACAUGCGAUGGCCCGACUGCGUCCGGUUCAUGUGCCGCACCGAGCAGCACUACAACGUCAUCAUCUUCAGCGUGCAGGACAUGCCCGGCAUGUUCCCCGACCUCCCGCGCAAGUGGGUCGACAACUGCAGUACAUUCAACUGCACCCUGACGCGGAGGGGCAUCCUGUGCGUCCGUGUGUCCUUCAAGAGCCGCCUGCAUUGGACGCUCGAGUGCGAACAGUAUGCGUUCCGGGCGAUGGAGACAGUCAAGGAGUGUGUCAAGUCCUGUGGUGGUGGGCUCCCGCGCGAGGAGGUGGUGCCCGGGAAACUGGUCCUCCGCCGAAGGUCGCACCCGACGUCACCUGGCGUGCUACGCAUUCCCUUACAGUACACCCGAAAACGGAACACCCCGCCCCAGCCGGAAACGACCCUGUCCGAAGAUCCCAUGAAGUCCAACCUCGGUGCGCUGUUUCCAAGGAUCCGGCGCCCUCGGGACAGGGUUCUUAUGACCUCCAUGAAUACUCCUUUGAACACUCCUUUGAAUGCUCCCAUGAAUGCCCCCAUCAAUGAUCCUUCCAUGGAUGACGAGCUGGGUAUGGAGAAAGAGGAGAUGAAACUAGAUGAGGCGCUGGACAAGGUCAACCGCACCUUCGCCCCCUCUCGGAUCUUUGUAUGGGUGGUGGAGAUCUCUGUCUUGGUGCUCUUCACAUAUGCCACCUUUACUGCCCUGGGUGGCUUCACCAGCAACCCCACGGGCUCGGUGCCCACGCUGACGUUCUGGGCGCUGGGCUCGGUCGCGUUGGCCACGGCGCUGAUGGUGGUAGGCAUGGUGCUGGCCACAUUCGUCGAAAACAAGAUGAAGAUCACAGACCACCGCUUCCAGUCCGUCGUCAACGGGGCGCUGACGGCGGUGUUGGCGGUGACCGUCAUAUGGAUCUUCUACGGCUCUCUGGUCAUAGGGGCGAGAGAUACGCUCUCGGUGAACGAGCAGCUGGCCAAGCUGCUGUUCCCGGUCAUGUUUCCGUGGCAGGACCUUUAUUUUGUACUCUGGACGGUGCUGCUGACCAUCAUCGUGCUGCUCUACUUUUUCCUCUCCGCCGCGACGACCAUGAGGGCGAGGGGCAACCGCGUCUUCGUCCACACGAGCUUCACUUUCCACCUCACGGCGAUGACACUGCUGCUGCAGAUGGCGGCCAAUCACGGCACGGUGGUGUGUGACGUGAGGUCAACGCCCUGGAUGGCCGAAACGGGUGACCGCUAUGGGAUCUGGAACCAAUUCUAUCUCGUGUUCGGGAUCAUGAACGGGUCCCUGGUGGUCUGCUUCUUGCUUCAGGCCCUGGGUGACUAUGGGUACCAGCACUUCCCGCUGACGAAAUACCCGAUGACAGUGCCGAUUUACAUCCUAAUGAACCUCGCCCUCCAGAUGACCGCGCUGCUGCUCUUCUUGUUCAGGGACCAGGACGCGGCGCUCGGCCACAGGGAGAGGCUCUUCGCUCCGGGGGUUUCCGGCCACGUCAACACGUACCCUCACCUCUACUUCCUCAGCAGUGUGCUUACCCUCCAGUUCAUCAUGAUGGUGGGCUCGGUCUUCAACUACGACCCUACUGGGUCGGAGUUCGACGACUUCCGGAGGAGACGACUGGAGCAGCAGGGGCACCAGAGCGGCAACCAGCAUUUCGCCUUCUCCCAGCCGAUUAACGCGGUGCUCCCAACGGCGGGGAGCCAUCCUGAUUUAGACCGCUGUGGUGUCAAUACUCCGCCUCCUUACGAGGUGCGGUGGGGCUCUUCCAACCCCUGGAUGUACCAACCCAGGGUGGUGGAGACAUCCUUCUUCCCCGUCAGCUUCUUUAUCCUCUUCUUCGUCGUCGUCACAAUCUUGGCACACCUCGACAGGGCGAUAAUGAUGGGUGCAUUCAUUGACCCGCUUCGGAAGGGCCUGCCCCGCUACGACCGCUGGAUCGAGUACGCGCUCUCGUCCUCCUCGAUGAUCGUCGUGAUCUGCCUCUACACGGGGACGACGGACGUGUGGGUGCUGAUCUUUGUGUCCCUGGCGCAGUCGGUGAUGUGCUUCCUGGGGUACGUCGUCGAGGCGGCGGACUACGUGGCAUCGAAGGAGUGUCUCUUCAGGGAGGCACAAAGCGUUCCGGAUGAGAAGGUCGAUACUGGAGAAUAUAGUAACAUGGAGAGGAGUGAGAUGGCUUUCAGGGGAGCGUGGGGCUCCGACCGCACGAGCGCGGUCAUCGUCCCCGUGCGUUUCAACAUGCCGUGGCAGAAGGGGUCGGUGGUCAGUCCGGCUUACAGGACGAUCGGGGUCGAGAUGAAUGCUGCAUGGGGCAUGCCGGGUGUGGAGCCAAAGGACCUCAAGAAGAUAACGAACUACAUGAAAGGAUUGGCUUUCUUAUUUGGGAUGUACUUAUUUGUGAUGAUAUGGUUCUACAUCGGGAACAACCUCUUUGGAGACUACAUGAGGAUCUUCGACUGUCUCAAUGACAAAAACCUCAGCAGCUACACAGUCUAUCCAAUUCUUAUCUAUAUUAUCGAGUUGGUUCUUUUCUUCACCUUCGCCGCGGCGCAGAUCUACUUCCACUUCAUCCAGAAGGAGGAGACAAAGAUCGACGGUUACCUGCGGGAGUACGUCUACAACCUCCUGAGUACGACUUCCAAGGCAGCACUGGCCAUCAUCCUGAUCGCCCAGUCGGCGCGACCGCAGGAAGUCUUCCUCGACGAUGGACUCUUCGUCCUCGAGGAUGUAGAGCUGCUCCCUAUUCAGGAUGUGGCAUAUGGUCAUGAGAUCGAUCAUGCGGACGUUCUGGCAAGAAUCGAGGCUCGAUUUGUAGAAGGGGUCGGAAAGCGGAUCUUCGACCCGGUCGCUCUCGAAGUUGUAGUAGGCCGCGAGCAUGCGGCUCACUAUGCUCAGCUCGGGCUCGUCGAAAACUCUCACAUACUGCCCGUCGCCAUAGUGAAUCGCGAGCCUCCGGUUCAGAGCUCGGUUCCCGAAGACGAUGCCGCUUCGAGCACUGGGGUGAGUAUAAGCAGCGCGGCACUGAGGUUGGCUUCCAUGGCCCCGAUCCCAGUGAGACCCAAUCACAAAAUUUUGAGCAGCAACAGGGGGACGAAGAGAAAGGCAGACCUGGACGACGGGGUGCAUUCGACGAAGGUGCCCGAGCUCACGGUUGAAGAGGAGAGGGAAAUCCAGGUCAGCAAGCUCAGCGCCCUGCACAUCCAGACGAAUCAGUUUGUCUGCAACGAAAACCAGCUACCGAAGGGCUUCACUCAAGAGACGGUGGAGGAGUGCUUCUUCGACAUCCCACCGUUCCAGUGGGACAGGAUCGAGUUCCUGAGCGUGAUCGAGGAUAUAUCCCGUCUUCAGAACAACGAGUUUGGGAGCUGCCUGUGGGGGAACAAGUUCACCUCUGAUUUCACCAUCGGUGGAAGCUGUGCAAAGCCCCUCGCGUGCUACGACAAGCUGAACCGAUUUCACCAGCUUCACUUCGAGACGGAUGGGCCGAGCAUGAUGUUCACCGUGAUUACGGAGGGGGUGGACCUGCACCCCGGGCUCCUGGACGUGAUCCGUGUGGCGCACAACAUCAGCGAGGGCGGGAAGAGCCACUGCCUUACCAACUUCACGGUGCAGACCAACACGACGCUUAUGAAGUACCGGGGGGACAACGCGAGCAGCAAGGCGGACUCGGUGCGCGUGAAGCUCAACCGCUCGGAGAUCGAGGGCCUCCACUACCAGCUCAAGGAGAUCAUACAGGCGUCGAAUGUCGAACGGCUGGCAGAGAUGGAGAAGGACGACAACUUCUCCCCCGACGACAUGAAGGAUAUGCUGUCGGCCUCGUACAACACCAGCACGCUGAACUAUACGCUGGUGGUGGAUAACUUCCUGGAGAACAACCAGAAUUUCGUGAUCAGCAAGGGGAUCCUGGACGCCUCUGUGGAGAUGCGGAUGGUGAGAUGCCGGGACAGUUCCGACGUGGAGAAGAUCUUUGUAGCGCAAUCGGUGCUGCUCCGGAGCAUGAGCGGGGUGGAUCCGUACAGUGCCUUCAUCGAGUCGAUGAACUCUCUGGGGCCGCGGGUGCGCAAGUCGGUGUGGUCGAUCCUGGACGGCAUGGUCAAGUGCCUGAACAAGGGGAACAUGCUCUCGGAUAGUGAUAUCAAGACGAUGAUGCACUGGAUUACGGCUCCUUCCUUCCUUUGCAUGAUGCUCUACAACUGGUCGGUGGGCCUGGAGCUCGAGAUCAUCAGCAGUGACGUGCCGGUGGCCACCGAUGGCUUCGGCAGGGUCGUCCUCGGCUGCGUCCACAAGGAUGUGCAGCGCUACGUCGGGAUCAUCGAACAGAAGAUGAACCAGUGCAAGGCCACCACCAAGAUGAAGCAGAUCAAGAUCGUGGCGGAGGUGGAUGGGCUCUUCCGUGGUGUGUACGUCAUGCGCAACGAGGAUGGGGUGAGGGGGGAGGUGGUGUGCGCCCCGCUCCCCCCUGCGACGUUCUCCUUCUCGCUGAACCUGGGGGAGGACUGGCUAAGGGACGGCCUGUCCCCCAGCGACGUGACGCGCAACUGCAUCUUCGCGACGCUCUUCCGUGUGAUCUGCGACCCGAGGCUGGCGGCUUCGAACGCCUUCCGGGAGGAGAUGCAGAACCUGCGCUGCUCGGCCAAUCACCUGGAGAGCCUGCGCUCCCCGGAGGCGAGGUGGGCCUUCUACAUGAUCUCCAACGUGGAGGAGCAGCGCGAUGAGCCCGGGAUGGAGGUCAAGGACGCCUACCUGCGGACUAUCGGGAAGCACCACAGCACAAAUCGCAUGUUCUCCGUUAUGCUCGACAUCGCGCUGAAGAGCAGGGAGUAUACCUCGGUGGUCUCGACGGCGAACCUGAUAAUCCAUCGGAUCAGCGAGCAGGCGUCGGUCUCCGAGUCCCCCGUGCAGGCCGGACUGGUGCGGGCGCUGAAGGUGCUAGCGGAGGACGCAGGGAAGGACGGCGUGCUAAAGCUGCUCGAGGCGCAGCUGACCGAGAUCCUGCAGGCGGGCGCCAUCCCCUCCGUCUGUAUGUGGGAGACGCCGCUUGUGAUCCUCCAGCGCACCAUACAGCUGAUCAAUCGCGUCUUCCGGCUUAAGAACAGCAACCUGAACCUCCUCUACAUCCUGCUGACGAACACAAUCUCCUACACGCUGCCCAAGGAACCCGCGUGGGCGACGACAAUCAUGCUGGUCGACGCGGCGUGCCAGAGCGAGCUGGUGAUCCAGGACAAGGGCCGGACGCGAUUCCUUGGCGUGGCGGGAAGCAAGCGCGACAGCGCGGGUUUCAACUUCACGCAGGUGUGCUUCGAGCAGAUGCUAUCCUCGCCCUUCCUCCUCGCCAAGACACGGAGCCCAGACAUGGUGGUGAGCGGGGCAAACUACACGGACGGGAAGAAGAAGCGCAUGGGCCUGACCCUAGCACUGAAGAAUGACCAGCGGGUGGACCCCGAGGACACGGUGCCGCUUUGCGAGUAUGGGAAGCUGAUCUUCGUGAGCGAGGACUGCCACACGCUCAUCCAGAACACGGGCCAGGCCAAGACGUUCCUUAGGGAGGCGUGCUCCAAGAAGUCGGACGCGGACGGCGGGGCGAAGACGGGGGAGAACUACAACAAGAAGCUCAUGCUCAUGGAGGAGCCAAGGAUCAUGCUCAUCGCCACAAACCGCAAGGAGACUGAGAUGGGUGACGUCUUCUCGCUCGCGGCGCGUCUUCGAUUCUUCGAAUCGGCGGCGGAGGACACGUGCGUACCCCUGAGGACGAGCGAGCAGGAGAACCACACGCGGGCCAGGCUUGGCAGCGACGCCGUCACCGCCGUGUCCACCACCUCCGCGCGCUUCUCCCUCGCCCACGACCUUGGGCACCUGCUGGCCCGGGCCGACGGAAGGGGCAAGGAGUCGGUGGACCUGAACCUGACCCGGUCGAGGCAGAACGCCCUGCUCAUCGUGGUUCAGCAUGCCUGCACCGCCAUCGCACAGCUCUUCACGCUGAGCGGGUUCCGUCUUUACUGCAACGAGAACAAUUGUGUCUCCCGCAUGGUGCAGAAGGAGGUGAAUGCCGUCCUUUUUAGAAUUUUGGAGCCUCUCUUGAGCUCGGAUGUGAACGAGGAGGACCGCUUCGUCAGGAAGCAGGAGGGGCUGAUGCUCUCUCUAGCCGUUCCGAUGCACAUCCAGGCCAUCGUGCUGCGGAAGCUGCUGGCGCAGACAAUGCGAGGCUCGACGCCUGACAUCGACGCCCUGGUGCGAGACAGCAUCAUGGAGCUGAUCUUCUCCGACCUCUCCCUGCACUGCAUGGUGUCCGCCUACGUCUCCAACGUGACCUACGACUCGUUCAUGUACGUCAUGAUGCGCUGCUGCAUCCGCAAGCUGGAGCUGCCGACGGGCUACACCCUCCCGCUCCUCGUCCGCCUUGUGGAGGCGGGCUCGAUUGAGGGGAUCGACGGGGCGACGGCGCAGGAGGUUGCCGCGCUCACGGCGCUUAGGGUGUGGGUGCAGCACCGCAUGAAGUUUCUGGUGCAGACCAAGGAUUUGUACAGUACCAAGCCGAGGGAGGUGGACAGCCUGAUGGAUAGCUACCUAGGGAUAAGGGAGCACUGGACGAGCGCGGAGGGGCGCUCCAACUUCAUCGCGGACGCGGGAUUCUUCGCCAGUGGCCAGAUGGAGGACGCGGAGGGGGAAGAGGCGGGGAAGAACAUAUGGAAGACGAUCCAGGGCCUGCUCUUAGGGCUGCCGGAGGUGCAGAAUGCCUUCUCUAGCUUCCGCCUGCGGAGGGAGAUGCUGAGUCCCGAGCUGCUGCAGAUGCUCUUCGGCGCCAAGCGGCUGAACCGCGCCUGCAUGGACACCAUCUUCGGGAGAGAUGGCUUCAAGUUCGUUGAGCUGCUGCAAGCGCUCGGAGUGCCUGCCGAGCUCGUGCCCGCGGGAUGGAAGAAGAUGAGCCUGCACUCGGCGCUGAGGGACGAGGGCAACCGCAACUCCAACAUCUUCAACCUCGUCUACGUCGGGAGGACCUCCUGCGUGCUGGCGGUCAACCUGAUCGCUCUGGUGCUGCUCGCCCCCCUGUUCCAGACGGAGAACCUAAACAUCCUCCACCAGCUACAGCAGAAGCACACCACCUGCAAGGCCGUGGAGUUUGCCAUCACGCGGAAGGUGCCCAGGGCGUACUGGCCCCGCGGCGCGCUCCCCGUGCUGCAGGUCGACCACCUCGGCAAGUGGAUCAGCUUCCGCCUGCCCGACGAGGAGGCGCUGCCGCCGCACCGCUGGCUCUUCCCUCGCAUCCACGACAUCGAGUGGCAUGGCGCGCAGCCAAGGAUGAAGGGCAACGCCUCCAGCAUCACGCCCUUCUUCGAGGAGGAGACAGCAAUAUGCGGGAACAUGGUCGGCAUGGCAAAGCGGAUGCGGGAGGGCAUGGAGCUCACCGACGACCCCAUCCCCUUCUUCGACUACCUGCAGAUGAUCGACAACUUCCGCACCGAGGGCCCGGAGUUUUUGAUGCCGCUGGAUUACGACGCCUUCAACCUCUACGUCCUGGUGACCCCCGAAGGGCAGUACGUCCUCUGCAAGAUCAUAGACGACGGAGCACCGCAGGUCGACAUCUACCUCUUCAACGUGAACCAGGACUUCCACAUGGAGAGAGAGGAUGUCAUCCGCAUCCCGCUGUCGAACAUGCACACCGCGCUCAUGCGGCUGCGCGCCUACCCCUACCCCCGAAUCUUCUGCCGCCGUCUGGUGUUCGCUGGGAGACAAUACCGCGACAAGUACGAGGGCCUGGAGGGCAGGGAGUCCAUCGCCUCCUUCGGCGUCGUCCUCGCCCCGCCCGGGGAGAUGAUGCUGGACUACGACGGAACCUACACCGUGGAACUCUACGAUCUCGAGCGCGAUGAGCCCUUCACGGCCCGGCUCUACGUCUGCAACCUGCACCACGUGCUCGUCGGGGAGCUGCAAAGGAUGAUCCUUCCAGCCAGCCUCCUCCCGCGGGACAAGAUCUUCCUCCCGACGCACGAUGAGGAUGGGCUCGUCUACGUGUAUCACGUGCCCGCGGAGAGGCCGUCGGUGUGCCUGGGUAUGUCUUACUGCAAAGACGGCGAGUUCGAGGACAGCCUGGAGACGAUGCUGCUUGAGGUGCACUACCGGCACCUGCUCGAGGAGGGCUACGCCGAGGAGACGGAAGAUAUGAAAGAAGGGAUGAUCGCGCCGCGCAAGGAAGAGCUUCUCCCUUCCGAUAUGAAGAACCCGCAGGAGGCAGCACCGCUGCGGCUUGAUUUUCCGAACGAGAUGAGCGAGGUCCAGUUGAGAGAAAGGGAUGAGCCCAGGGCAAACUGCCCCCAUCCCACCUCGCUCCUCUCCCUCCUCUGGCCCAGCCGCAGUCCCGUGCCCGUCGAGCCCGCAUUCCCGGUCCUGGUAAGCGACGCUGCGAAGAAGGAUCCCCUCCCCGAGGAGCUCGAGACCGGGGCCACGGGGGGUGCCACCCCCGCCUUCAGCCUCGCCCAGUCCGCCGUGCCGCUCGAGUGCUGCCUGGUCAGCGCCCACAUGCGGCCGUGCUAA